AAUUAUUUUGAAAUAUUUUAUUUUUCUAAAAUCAUCAAAUUAUUUGAAGAAUUAUUCAUUAUUAUGAAAAUUUUCUCUGACCCUAUAAUUUUUAGUUUUAUAUUCAAGAUGAUUAACAGCAAUAAAAUUGUGGCAAAGGAGGUUUCAGGAAAGUUGCGUCCUCUAAAUAAGCGGGCACAAACAUUUGUGCGGUUCGGAAAAAGGGCUCAAACAUUCGUUCGAUUUGGAAGAAACCAGUGUAUGCUUUUCUUCUAUAGGAUUUUUUUGGAUUUUCUACUAAUAAAUUCUAGAAAAGAAACUGCGAUUCAUUUUCGUAGCAUUUUCGCAGCAUUUCCUUAA